CCACCGCUGUUGUCAGCAGCAGCAGGGACGGCAGCAGCCCCCCAUGCAGUGGCUUCUCUCAAACGACCGUCUUCUGCAUGAUGCCAAGAGGCGACACACGGACAGAGUUUGAAGCGCUCGUGGAAGAUACAUUCCUGCUUCAGCGCGCGAGCCGCACGUGCUGCGUGGAUCCUCUGUGCCCUGGAGCAGGCUGCUCUGGCUACACAUCAGAUUCAACUUCGUGAGCAGUCGUGGGGGUACUUAAAGAUAGCCUAUCGUACGAAUCAUAAUGCCUACAUUAUACAAUUGAUAACACAUCACUUUUAAAACUUCAAGUUCCUAAAAGUACAUUUUCGCACAAUUGCCGUCUGUUACGUUAAUCAAUCAAGUCUCUUGUAACCCAGUCGGAACCCAGUGCAGUCGCUGCGUUUUCAAUAAAAGACGUGGCAGAGUAGAGCCAGACAUCCCGAGUCACGCCACGCAAGGGGGCCGGUGGGGAGAGCGUCACGGCAACGAUGAGUGACGAUUCACUCGUUGGGAACUCCUCGGACGCGAGCGCCAGCGCGCUGGCGAGCGGCGCCUGGUCCUCCGCCGCUCCCAACGGCACCGCAGCGCCGCUGGCGAGUCGCCCCGAGCGAGACGAGGCGCUGGCUCGAGCCGAGGUCACCGUGCUCGGCCUCAUCUUCGUGCUGGCGACGAGCGGCAACGCCACGCUGCUCGUGUCGCUGUGGAGGAGGCGCAAGCACGCGUCGCGCAUGCACGCCUUCCUCGUGCACCUCAGCGUCGCCGACCUCGUGGUCGCCUUCUUCCAGGUGCUGCCGCAGCUCGCGUGGGAUGUCACCGACGCCUUCCAGGCAUCCAACGGCGUGUGUAAGGUGGUGAAGUACCUGCAGGUGGUCGGGAUGUUUGCGUCCGCGUACAUGAUCGUGGCGAUGACCGUGGACCGCUUCCAGGCGGUCUGCUACCCGAUGGUCACCUUCAAGAAGAAGCGCUCGCGCUGGAACGGCCUCGUGUGCGCCGCGUGGGCCACGUCUCUGGCCCUCAGCACGCCGCAGAUCUUCAUCUUCUCGCUGAGCGAGUACGAGAAGGGCAUCUUCGAUUGCACGGCGACGUUCGCGGCGCACUGGGGCGCCAAGGCGUACGUCACGUGGGUCACGCUGGCCGUGUUCGUGCUGCCCACGCUCGCAGUGGUCGUGUGCCAGGCCCAGAUCUGCCGCAUCAUCCGCCUCAACCUCUACGUGAAGACGCACCAGGGCCCUGACGAGGAGGAGGCGGCCGGCGGGGACGAGCGCCGCGCCGGGGGGCAGCUCAUGCCGUCGCGCGCCAGCAGCGUCACGGGGAUCUCCAGGGCCAUGAUCAACACGGUGCGCAUGACGCUGGUGAUCGUGCUGGUGUACGUGGCGUGCUGGGCGCCGUGGUUCACCGUGCAGCUCUGGUCGGCCUGGGACAGCAAGGCUCCCAAGGAAGGCCCCACGUUCGUCAUCAUCAUGCUGCUGGGAAACCUCAACAGCUGCACCAACCCCUGGAUCUACCUGUGGUUCGCGGGGGGGCUGUCCCCGGGCGGCUGCCGGGGGCUCGUGCCGCACGCCCGCCCACCGGCGCCAGACUUCAACGUGGACGAGUCGGUGAUGAGCACAGCCACGUUCCGCGAAGAUCGCGACGACUCGCUGCGUGGCGGAGACGCCCCGACCCCCCCGCUCGCAAGCCUGCCGCCCUCGCAGGCGCAGGCUGCCAGCUCGCCGCACGCCGUGUCCUGCCUGCCCUGAGCCACCGUCCCUGACCCCCCCCCCCCCCCCGAGUGACCACAUCGGCGGCUCCCCUGGACACCACCGACCUCCCGCGGGCUUCUCCUGGGCAUCGCCGUUUGCCUUCACAGCCCUUCUGGGGAUCUGCCGGACGCUGCCUCUGCGUUUCCUUCCCCGAGCGCCUCUUGAGUCAGUAGCGUGGGGCGGUUGACACGCGUCCUGGUGUAAGGAUUAAGUGUUCUGUCCCAGGGCCAUCCCCUGCCUCCCCCCCCCCCCCCCCUCUUGACAGGCCGCUGCCUGGGCCGCUCCGACGCACUCACCCCGAUUCAACAGUUCCCCCACCUGCGCGCUCGAUUGCUGCACCGCAGCCUCGACAACUCCUGCCGUGAGCAGCCCCAGGGCCCCUGGCGCCUGCCCCAGUGCGCGUCCCGCGGCCUGAACCUUUCCCCGCCCACCCUGUGCACCGUGCGGCGGCUUCCAGCGCCGCGCCGCACUCCCUCCCCUCUGCCCCGCAGGCUGCCGGAGCCCGAGCUGCGUUUCACCCCGCUCUCAUCCUCCUCCUCCUCCCGGUUGCCCGUGCCCAAGUGCCAAUUGCCACGGCUCAUCAUGCGUGGCAUCGGCGUGUCCAAUGGUUGGUUACUUUGCAUUAGCAAAACGUGGAGACAUCCUUUAUGUCAAACUUAAUGGCUUUCGACGUUUUUUGUUUGUUUUCCACUCGGUGUAGGUCCACGGUCGGCCGCUGCGCGUCCCGAUGCCGCGUUGCCCGGGUCCCCGUGCGCGCCUCCGCUUCCCCAGGAAACCCAGACCGCCGGAGCGAUGCUGUCGUGGCAGCGCGCUCCGCACACAGUGGGAAGAUUCAAAAUUCAAAUCCUGGCUACGGCUGACCCAACCUAGCGUCCCCAUGGGGUCAAUUAAAUAACAACAGUCUCGUAGGAGACACAGGUGCUUGGACUGUGGAUAAACUGUUCGCAGUCGUAAAUUGAACGUGUAAUAUCUACCGUGGCUCGGGAUUGACUCUCUGACCAUGGACCGGAACUCGAUGCCUUCGUAGCCACAGCUGCAGCAGCAGCAGCAGCAGCCGUACAUUUUUAGGCACAAAGAUGGCAUGGAGGCAAAGCGAGGUUCGGGCCAAUAGUCAUCAUCAGCAGUUUCAGUUGUCUGAUUUCAAUUGUCUCACUGUAGACCAUAUAGUGAACUGGUGUAAUCUGUGCUCCUUCAAUAGAGGAAGAAUACCAAACCUACACGAAUUAUCUCUCCUGCAUCCCUCUCCUGUAUCCCUAUCAUGCGCAAGAAUAGAGUACAAUUAUCUGAUACAUCACCGUAUAUGAAAGGGACUCUGAAUCGGGGCUCAGUAGAACUUCCCAGGGUCGCGAGGCUCUAUUCAUGGUUCCACGAGAGAAUAAGGGCCCCAAACGGAUCUGCAGAGUGCCAUGAGGUCCAUGCUUUGUGAUGGAUCUGCAUGCCAACGACCUCUCCCGUAAUGGUCAACGGGCAUUUACAAUGAAGCACAAUGUGACUUGGGGUUUGUGAGAUCCCGAGAGUGGCCAUGAGAGAUCUUGAGAACAAAGCACACCGGGUCUACACUGGACAAUGCAAUAGCCACUACAAUGAUAUACUUAAAACUAGUGACUAGAGUAGUGCUAUACUAGAACUCCGUUAUAGGUGAACAUGUGUUAAUUAUUUGCCAAAAAUAGUUAGUACAUGUUUUAAGGUGUUUAAUCAAAGUGGUUUGUAUUGAGCUCUAAUUGCCAUGAGACUCGCAGGUACGCCUGCAACCUCACGGGGAACUCAUCAGCGACUUGCCUUGUCAUAAGGAUUAUAACCAAAGCAGGAAACAGUAAUUUACGUUCAAUUGAUGGAAUUCAAUGUAAAUCAGUCAAGAUGAUUGAUGAUACAGCACUCACGGAUUCACUACAAUCCCUUGCUCACUGCCAGUCAGUCGCCUCCGUAUCACUCUAUUAUUGCUACUACUAUUACUACCAUGGUCACUGUUCCUGUGAACUUCACCCAUUGAUUCCUCCACCCAUGUUAAGGACUCAGACUAUCAGACUGACUGUUUCACCUGAAGCCUCAACCACACUGUGUUCAACCACCACACUGCAGGCCAUAACAAUACACUCACCCACCCACUCACCCACUCACUCACCCACUCACUCACCCACCCACUCACCCACUCAUUGCAAAGCUCCCCACGCACUUGUUUCACUUGAACAAUCGUAAAUGGCAUGGCCCUGAAGUCGUGCCACUCGAGUGCGGCUCACGAUUAGCGCAGGCAACGGUAAAGGGGAAAACUGGAGAGGCAGCGGUAGAGAGGUUUUUGUUGGUUGUACUAUGUUGAACUUCUUUCGCACCGUAAGUAGCCAACCAUGCUAAUAGGAGGUGCAGGGGAAGGACAACAAACUAAACACAAAAAACUGUUCUAAAGAAAUUCGUUUUCAAUCUUGAUUUAAAAGUGGUGUCCUAAUAUCGGAAGGAAGAGCGUUCCAGACAGUCACAGAAGCGCAUCUGAAAGCACGCGAUGCAGUGACUGUCUUUGUUUGAUGGUUAGCCAAAAGCCGCGACAAGGAUGACCGGAGUUUGCAUGAUGAUUUAUGCUCCUUGACCGUGUUGCUUUUAGGGUGUAUGGAAUAUUCAUUAAUUCAUGACCUUCAGGGGUGGAAAAGAGGCCACAACGACCCAGAACGCCGUGGUAGGAGUGAAAAUAUCAAUCCAACUGCGUCAUUCUGAAAUAAACCAGUCAUGGUGGGCAGUCUGUAGUAAAUGUCUAUAUAACUGUCCGUCUGUCACGCUCCGGAUCUCCCAAAUGGUACCGUGGGAGGAAAACAAACAUGCAAUUGUGUAAUAGGUCUGCGAAUAUACAAAACAAAUAUAUAUCAGAUUGCGAUAAUUAUUUUAAAUGAACUUGCUGGCUAAAAACAGAAUAUGCAUGCAUUUGUCAGCCUCAGUUGCUAAUGUCUAGGUAUCGCGGGUGGGGCAUUUAUGAGUUCCCCCAGGAAUUCCUUCCAAUCCCUGAUGACCUUUAAGACCCUGAGAGCCCAUGGAAGUUCAUAUUAUUUUAAAAUGCUUGUGGGCUCUUUUAAGAAUGGACCACAAUGGCCUCCUGCUGAGAAUGAUUGCACAGAGGGUUUGAGGUUUGUUGAGGUCAUUUCUCACAGAAAUCGCGGAGCAGCUGUGGGAGUUGAGCCAGCAACUGGCUGAGUGCGGGCGAGUCGAUGCGAGGACGUGCAGGACUUUGGAAGUGGAGACGAAAAACUACGGACGAGUUUCCAGCAGGGGCGGUUUCUUCAUUAGGGCGAUUGGGCGACGCACCACCAAUGUCAUUCAACCACAGAGUCACGCUAGCCGUCACUGCAGCCUCUGGAUAUAGUCCAAUCAGCGUCAUGUCACGUUCCGUGGAGUACCGCCUCUUUUUGGGCGAUUUCACUCCGGCUGAGAAUCGCCCCGAGUGGCCCCAUAGACUUACAUUCAAAGAUGUUUUUUUCGAACGGCGGGCGCUCCAAUGCAUUCUCUAUGGCUUCCGGGAGGGCAAGCCCUAACGUGCUUACGUCAUCAUACGUGCUAACGUCAUCAUACGUAAGCACGUUUCAUCCAACAAUAUAAUUUAUCGCCACCUAGUGGAAUCUUUAAUAAAAUAAACUUGAGUGGUUUGUUUUAAUAGUGAGUAUAGAAACAAACAGGAUAUAUUGUAAGAGUCACUUUAUUUUUCAUUAAUAUUAAAGAAGUGAAGUUGCCUUUACAUGCUUAAGCUGUUAAUUUAUCCAUUGCAUGGGUGGACCUUAUCCUUAUCAAUCAUCCAGACAUUUGCCCCCCCUGAGAGAUUUUGCAGGAGCCGCCACUGGUUUCCAGCAAAGUGCUCACCCUUCUGAAUAAAAUUAAGACUGCUCAGCCGCAUGUGGAAUUAAGUUUUAGAAUCGGUACAAUGUUUAUUUUCAUAGCGUAGCUUCCGUACGUAUAAUUGUUCAGAGAAAUGGUCUUAAAAAAAUAUCGAUUAAUGCAAGGUGUAUCUCGAACACUUUUUUUGCCCAAAAUUUCAACCUCGCUUCCAAAUCGCUUCGGCCCCAGGCCCAAAUCACACACGAAGCCAGAGGCCUCCUUGUGUCUGCACCAAGCGCAGGUGGCACACACACACACAUACACACACACACAGCACGCACACACACAACACGCGCGCACACACAGCAAGCGCACACACA